UAUUUGAAUUCAAAGGCACAGAAGAAGCCUUACCCUGUGAUCUAUGUAACCGCUCUCUCUCUCUCCUUACAUUACAUGAGUGAGUGAGUGAGUGAGUGAGUGAGAUCAGAAGAGCAACAACAAUGGCUUCUCUCACCCCAGGCAUCCUCCUGAAAAUGCUGCAGGCCAUGAACACCAACACCCGCGUCACAGGCGACCACCGCUCCCCGCUCCUCCAACUAAUCGGAAUCGUGCCGGCGCUGGCAGGCUCCGACCUCUGGUCCAACCAAGGCUUCUUCUUAAACCUCUCCGACUCCCUCAACUCCACCUACGUCCUCCUCUCCCACCCCGACACCGACCUCAUCCUCUCCAACCGCCUCCAGCUCGGCCAGUUCCUCCACGUCGACCGCUUCCUCUUCGACUCCCCCCUCCCCUCCGUCGCCAACAUCCGCCCCCUCGCCGGCCGCCACCCCUUCCUCGGCUCGCCGGAGCCUCUCGUCGCCCGCAUCAACCCCUCCACCAGGCAAUUCCUCAUCCAACCCCUCUCCGACUCCGAACACGACCCCCUCUCCCUCUACCUCUCAAACCAACCCCCUAACCCUAACCCUAACCCUAACCCUAACCCUGUCCCCAUCCACCACCAACCAAAAGACAAGGCUAACUCCAGAGAGCCUCUCGCCCCUCGCGACAACGUCCUUCCUCAGAGAUUCUCGUCUCCCUCCACCGCCAAGAGGUCUCACUCUAGAAAUAGCAAGACCGUUGUGGAGCGUGACCCCUCUCCGGUCACCAAGGGGAAGAGGUCUGCUUCUCCGGUUCCUUCCAAGUGCGUUGUGCCCAGCCUUGUCUCGGCGCGUGAGGAGAAUCGGAGGGCUUCGAGGGAGCCGGCGAUCGUUGUGCCGUCGAGGUACCGGCAGCCUUCUCCCACUGGGAGGAAGCAGCCGUCGCCGAGUCCGCGGCGGGCCUCGCUUUCGCCUGGGAGGAGGCUGUCUGGCGGCCUUAAGGUUUCGCCGCUGGUGGGGGACUCCUCCGGGAAGAAGAAGAUGGCCACCAUUGUUGCCGGGAUUGCGAAGACCUCCGAUGCGUUGGUUGGGUCGGCCAAGAGCGCGAGGAAGAACUGGGAUGAGCAACCGCCGGCCACGCCUGUUGAAGGGGAAGCCAGAGAAAAGGGGGGCUCUAAGAGUAAGGUUGACGCGCAAGCAAUUUUGCGGACUCAGCAGGCUGCAAUGUCCAGGCGGUUAAGUGAUGUGAGUGGUCAGAAACCGGGUGGCAAUGAUUCUUCGAGCAAUGAGAAAACUAAAGCUGGUUCUCCUCAAAGUUGUGGCCUUGAAGAUAAUUCUAAUUUUGCAGCCAUGGGUAUCACGAUUCAUGAAAAGAAAUGGACUGAUGGAAGUGUUCCAUUAGAUGCUGUGUCUGGGAACCUUGCAAGGCUUGGAAAGGAAGCAAUGCAAAGGAAGGUUCUUGCAUCUACUGCUGCUGCUGAAGCACUAGAGGAGGCCAAUGCCACUGAAUGUAUUAUAAGAAAUUUAAGCAUGUUUUCAGACCUCUGCUCAGUGUGCCAGGCCAGAAAUCCUUUGCCAACCAUAGACAGAUUCUUCACCAUCUAUGAUGAUGUGCUGAAAUCAACAGCAACGGCGGAAUCCAUUGCCAACAGACAUAAUUCUGAGACACCUGAUGACAGCAUUCCAACAGAACAGUCGAAGUCACUCUCUCUCUGGGUUGAAGCUGCUUUGGCCACUGAUCUCCAGAUAGUAUCACUUCUAACCGGCACAACUGCUGAUCCUCCAUCAACAUUGCAGAAAAACUUAUCGAAAAGAAACUCUCUGGGUGCAGCUAAGAUCCACAUGAAGAUUGUUUCUUCAUCACCACAAUCCAGUCUGAGUACCGGUGUGUGGACAAGAGGUAAUGGAAUGAAAGAAUCAGUAGAGCUUGGAGCAAAUUUGCUAUCUGAAAUGCAAAUGUGGUUUCUACGUUUCGUUGAGGAGUCCCUUGAUGCAGGAUUUAAAGUGUUUGGAGAGUGUACAGCUGAUGGGAAAAAAGCCUUGCCCCUGGAUGGUGGCUCCAUUGCUGUUGUUUUGUCACACUUAAAGCGUGUAAAUGCAUGGCUGGACCGCGUGGUUUCCAAAGGGGAUGACUCACUUACAGAAAAGAUUGAGAAGUUGAAAAGAAAGAUCUACGGGUUUGUUAUUCAGCACGUAGGAACGACUUUUGAUAGUUCUGCUUAAUCAUGAAUUUCUGAGUUUCUUUCUCAUAACUUGUGUUUGGAUCUUGAAAUCGAUGAGAGGAAGUGCUUCUUCUUU